AUGAACAGCAAAGAGAUCGUCACUGCUUUGCAGGUCUUGCAGGAUAGAGUCAAUUCUCUCGAGCGCGAAAUGGCUAGGAAGAAUUCAGAGCUUCAUGAAAAGAACGUCGUUAUUGGAUUCCUCCGAGACGAAUGUCAAAGAUAUGCGACACAAAAUACGACGGUACUAGUAGCUGGACAUUCACAAAUCUUACCCCAUGUUCCUAUUUUCGAUGUCGAUGAGCAUGCGAAGCAUUCGAUUGAUUUCGAUUAUUGGCUAAAGAGAAUGCAGUCAAAAUUAGCCAUGGACCAUUAUUUGGGAGCUAGUCGUAUGGAAUACGUUGUCUCUCGACUUGGUAGUGGUCCUUCGGCAUAUGUUGAUAAGAGAUAUCAAACAGCGGAACAAAUGCUUGAGGCUUUGAACAAGAUAUAUGGCAACGCCGAUCGGAAAGAAGCCGCUGAGUUUGCUUAUCGCCAUCUAUUUCAAAAGGAUAAUGAGCAAUUUACACUGUUCUGGAAAGAGUUUCAACGACUAAGUGCGGUUCUCGAAAUGACCGAAGCGAUGAUGGUUCAUGACUUGUAUGGGAAACUCAAUUUGAGAUUGCGGAAAGCUUUGAUAGAUGUCAAUCUUGAUAAUAUUGAGGAUCUAGGAAGGAUUUGCAGGGUGGAGGAUAGAAAAUUGCGAGAAAUGGAGGAUCUAGAGGGUCCCGAUGAAUAA